AUGGCGCCCGACCGAACAGGGAAGAGUGUCUUCUUGGGAAAUAUCCCCUACAACCUCACCGAGGAACAAGUCAAGGACAUCCUGAGCACCGCUGGCAUCGUCACCAAGUUCCGCUUGAUGAUGAAUCCGGAAACCGGCAAGCCCAAAGGAUAUGGGUUUGCCGACUUCGCGGACGCCGAUGCUGCCGCGUCCGCCGUGCGCAAUUUGAACGACUACGAGAUCAUGGGCCGCAAGAUUCGCGUGGACUGGCCGCACAACAAUGAGAAGGACUCCAUGCCGCCGGACUACUCUGACCAAACGCAACCACAAUUUCAAGAUCCUGCGCCAGUACCGCAGCCGGUUCCCGGGUCGUCGCUGCUCCCACCCCUUCCUCCAGGUGUGGAACUGCCACCGCACCUCGACUGCCCCAACGCCAUCUCGCACACGCUCGCAUCCCUCCCUCCAAACCAACUCCUCGAUGUCCUUACACAAAUGAAGUCCCUCGCACAAACGGAUCCUGCCCGCGCAACGGAACUCCUGCGUCAAGCGCCCCAGCUCGCCUAUGCCAUCUUCCAGGCCCUGCUGCUCAUGAACCUGGUCGAGUACCAGCUCCUGGGCUCUAUCGUCGAGCAGGCCGCCCAGCCCGCUGCGGCCGCGCCUCCACCGCCCCAACAGCAGUUUCAGCAAUAUGGUGGCCAGAUUGGUACUCCGCCGGUUGCCGGAAGCCCCUUCGCUCCACCACCUUCGCAAGGUGCAGCGCAGGCUCAAAUCCCUAAUCAGGAAGAGCUUCUGCAACAAGUCCUCGGCAUGCCGCAGUCGGCUAUUGAUGCUCUGCCUCCUAUGGAACGCAGUCAGAUCAUGCUGCUGCGUCAGCAGCUCAUGCAGGGUGGUAUGCGGUAA